GAGGUCCGACACUUGCAGGAGUCAGUGAAGUUUCUGCAAGCUACAGAUGAGAUGUCCAACACCGUGGGGAAGUUGCAGUACCGCCUCUUGCUGAGCCAGUGGGAAAAGGGCAACCUGCAACGUCAGCUCCAAGCUGCUGUUGCCGAUCUGAGGGAAGCACGUCGUGAUGUCCUCGACAAUGAAGAGCAGGUGGAACAAGAACGGCAGCAGCAUGACGAAACUGAGGAACAGCUUCAACAGCAGCUUUUGCUGUUAAAAGCCAAAACUGUGAAGCUCCAAGAUGAAACUUCUGCGUCCAUGCCCAUCGACAAGGCACGGCAGCUCACAUCCAGACUCGAAGAGAUUUCCAGUCGAAAGAUGGAAUUGGAGGAGCGGCUUUCCAAAGUAAGACUGGAACUGCUCCGGAACCAGGCCGAGACGGAUGAGUGUCGCUUGAAGGCUCAGCAAGCGCAAGAGCUCAUGAAGGAAUUGAAGGCCUUGGAACAAUCCGAUGAUGAGGGAAAUCCGCAGCGGCGCUUGCUGGAAAUGGCCAAGAAGUUAGCGGAUUCCAAGCUGAAGGAGUUGCAACACAAGAGGAGCUUGGAAAUUGCUCAGGAGCAACAUCAGCACUUGGAGAAGGCUCGGAAGGCAGAUGAGAAAGAGAUCCAGAAUCUGCAACGUGAAGUGGCGCAAGCAGAGUCCAAAUUGGCCAAUCAGGAGUUUCAAUGGCGAGCCAAAGUCCUCGAAGCCCAAGGUGCUGGGCCAGUGGUACGCAGUAGCGUGCGAAGGGCCAGUCAGGGAACGAUCGAGACCCUGGAACAGAUGCAAGCGAAGGUCGUUGAGCGAGAUGCCAGGAUUUCGGUGUUGGAAGCGGAUCUCGAAAAAUCCAAGGGCGACAAGGAGAAUGCAGUGGCAGAAGAACGGAUGAAGGUUCGCAAGUUGGAGAUUGAGCUGAACCUCCUGAGCGACGGUGACACCAUGAAGCUGCGGCAACAGCUGCGUGCAGAGCAUGAUGCGGAGGUUCAACAGAUCUCCUUGGCGGCCGAGGCAUCCGUGCAGACCUUACAGGAACUAUUGGACCAGACUGAGGAACGUUUGCGUUUGCAACAGCUCGAGAUGGCGCAACUGCACGAGAAACAGGUGGAGGCUCAAAACAAGCACUCCGAGGAGACAAGACAACUGGGGGACGAAAUCGAACGGCUUCGCAAAGACCUUGUGGAGGCGAAACAUCAGCACGGCCACGACGCAGAUGUGGCGGCUCGUCUUGCACCGUUGCCACCGGAUGAGAGUGCACGUUUGGCCGAGUCCCUGGGUUCCGAGGGAUUGGAGAACUUCGGUUUUGGCGUGGAGAGUCGUUUGCGGCAGCAUCAGGACCAGGUCUUAAGCCUCUAUCACAGGUUGGAGCAGCAGCAGGAAGAGUUCAACAGCUUGUUGGACCAACAGCAUCAGGAGGCCAAGCAACGAGAAGAGCAGUUGAGAGAACAUCAGCUGAAGAUGCAAGAGGAGUUUCAGGCGCGCGAGCAGCGUUUGUUGGAUUCACACCAAGAGCAACGGCAGCAACGAGAUAUGGAGCUCCAACGCAUUCAACAGGAGCUCGCAGCGUUACGCAGCGGUGCGAGCGCUGCGAGCGCCUCGCAACAGCUCCAGGAGCAGGUUGCAGAACGGCACGCAAGCCUGGCCCUCAAGCACAACGAGCAACUGGAAGAACAGCGAUUGUCCGCUGAGCAAUGGCAGCAACACGCGCAGCAACUGGAACGGAAGAAGGAGGACUUGGAGCAAGAGUUACGUGGCGAGCAAGAGAAGCACAAGGAGUCGCACCUUCGCAAGCAACAAGCAAAGCUGCGAAGGCAGCUGGCCCAAAAGGAGGAACAGCUCAGCAGUAUGAAGAAAGCCGUGGAGGAUCUGAAGGACCGUGUGGUUCAGCUCAGCAUCCGCAACGAGCGCGAAGAACUGGAGUCCGGCAAUGCUCGCCGUGCUGAAACGGAAGUGCGGAAGCGCAUCAGUGGACAAGAAGAGAAGAUGCAGCACUUGAAGGAAAAGGUCACCCGUCUGUCAAAGGAACUGCAGGAGGCAAAGCAGCUGCAGAACCAGGAUGCCUAUCGUACGGCGGAGAUGGAUGUGCGCGAGGCAGAUCUGGAGAAGCUCUUGCAGGAAAGUGCGAAGGAGUUGGAGAUGAAAUCCAGUGAGACCAAACGCCUCGAGGCGGAGCUGCAGCGUCAGCAGCGCCGCUGCGCCGAGGCGGAGGCGGCGCUGAAGGCGGAGCGGGGCGUCUUGGAGGGUGAAGCUCGACUAGUGAAGCAGCAGGGCGAGGA